AUGGAGCAUGAGGAUAACUUAAGGCUGAAAGAAGAGAACACACAACUUUUAACUGAAAAUGUGAAGCUGAAAGGGGCACUACGUACCAUUCGCUGCUCCAAUUGCGGCCAACCUCCCACACUUGACGAGAUGAGCAUCGACGAACUCGUACUUGAAAAUGCUGGUAUGCGGGAGAAGGGGGGCUUUUGUAAAAAAAAAAUGGACUGGUUUGAUUCACAGAUCGAGAUGGUGAUGGGCCUGAUUGCAAAAUACACAAGUCGACCGUUGAGGACGCCCUCCGUGCUGCUCGAGCCGCCGGUGGCCGAACUGAAUUUGAUUCUGAGCCGGAAGGGACCGGAGACUGAACAAACGGCGGCGCACGUGUUGGCUGUGGUGGCCAUGGAGGAGCUUCUCGCGAUGGCUCAGCGGGAGGCGCCGCUGUGGAUUCCAGGCAAAGCUGGGCUCGGCGAAGCAUUGAACGAGGAAGAAUACGCCCGGGCCUUCCCCGGUGGGCUCGGCCCCAGGUUCGCAGGCCUCGGCAUCGAGGCCAGCAGGGCCACUGCGAUUAUCGCCAUGGACGCCGUCAGAUUGGUCGACAUACUAAUGGACGUGAGUAAAUGGAGCGCGUUCUUCUCCAGCAUCGUCGCCGGCGCUACUUACAUAACGGGCUAUUCAUUCGGAACAGGAGAAAGCUAUGACGGCUCUCUGCAACUGAUUACUGCUGAGCUCCAAGCUCCAAGCCCCUUGGUGGCUCUCAGAGAGGGGUUGUUCCUGAGGCACUGCAAGCUGCAUGGCGAAGGGCUCUGGGCGGUGGUUGAUGUUUCCUUUGAAGUGUCCCCCGACGCCACCAUGACUAAGUUUCGCAGAAGGCCCUCCGGAUGCAUCAUUCAGCAACUGCCAGACGAUCGCUCAAAAGUCAUAUGGAUUGAGCAUGUGGAGGUGGAAGCCGGAGGCAUUCAUGACAUGUACAAGCCCAUCGUCAACUCUGGUCUGGUAUUUGGAGCAAAGAGAUGGCUGGAGACGCUGUCAAAGCAAUGCGAGAGAAUGGCUAGUCUCAUGGCCAGCAAUUCCACUGCUCCUAUAGUAGGAGACGACGCCGUAGCGACCAAGAACAUACUGAAGUUAUCGGACAGGAUGGUGGUGUGCUUUUUCAGCGGUGUGAGCGGCUCUGUGCUUCACCAGUGGGCAGAUAGACGUAAUGUGGGUAUGAAUGAUGUGAAGAUUAGAGGCAGGAAGAACAAUGGCGAUCCAGGGAGGCCUACUGGCAUUGUUCUUAGUGCAAGCACUUCGAUCUGGCUCCCAAUCCCUCCAAAGAGAGUUUUUGAUUUCCUCCGCGAUGUGCCCUCUCGUAACCAGGUAUUCAGAGCCCAGUAA